AUGUGGUUGAUCAAUUGCUCUACUCUGCAGCUGGAGGAGCACUACGGCCGCGAGAUCCCACCUUAUGCCAUCUUGUCGCACACGUGGGAUGACGAGGAAGUCACCUUCCGAGACUUCGUCGACCGCCGAGAUGAAAGAACUCGAAUGAAAGGCUGGCAGAAGAUCCAGCGCACCUGCUCCCUGGCAAUAGAGGAUGGUCUUGAAUAUGCUUGGGUCGACACUUGUUGCAUCGACAAGAGCAGCAGUGCGGAGCUGACCGUGGCCAUCAACUCCAUGUUCAAGUGGUAUUCUGAAGCCACUGUCUGUCAUGCAUACCUUGAAGACCUCGAAGACCCCCGACCAGAAUCAUUUGCUGCUUGUCGCUGGUUUCGUCGUGGCUGGACGUUGCAGGAAUUGAUCGCGCCUCGCCAUGUUCGAUUCUACAAUAAUAACUGGCAGCUUCAUGGGACAAAGUCGGGGCUAGGUGAAGAAAUAUCGGAUAUCACGGGCAUUGCCCUUGAUAUUCUAGAGAUCUUUCCAGGAAGAAGUCUUCGCUCUGUCUUGCGCGAACAGCUGUCGUGUCGCAAGAUGUCCUGGGCAGCGAGACGCGAGACUAAACGGGAGGAGGACGUCGCCUACUGCCUUCUCGGUAUCUUCGAGGUGAACAUGCCCUUACUUUAUGGCGAGGGCGACCAGAAGGCAUUUACACGCCUGCAGAAAGAGAUCAUCAAGAACACCAACGAUCUUACGCUUUUCGCAUGGCCUGAUAACCAAAUGAAUCCGCCCCUAAGUGGCAUCCUUGCGCAGUCACCGUUACAAUUCAUUGGAGCGAGAUUUUUUGAGUGCUAUGCAGAUCUCGUUUACGUUCCAGAAUUCCAGAUGACAAACAAGGGACUGCGUCUGCAUAUGCCACUCCAUAAACUAUACGAUGGCACGAAGCUGGCCCUGAUAAAACUGGGUUGCCUCGAUGCGGCUGGCACCUAUGUGCUCGAACUGCUUCAUCUGGGUGGAGGUGUUUAUUGCCGGGUUUCGUUACAGCGCUGGAACCCAACGAGACACUAUCAAGAUCUCUCAGGAGAAACUCCAACAACUAUGUACAUUGUCCAGAGUGUUCCACAUGGGUUCCAACCAAAUCACAAAAUCGACAACAAUAGAGGCAUGGGCAGCUUCUAUAUCGAGAUCUGUGCAUCUUUACGAUGCGAGCGUGCUGAACCUGCAAGCCACUGGGUCGAUCGGGCGCGGACGCGUUUCAAGACCCAUGAUGCUCCUACGUUCGCCGGAUUCUGCAUCUUCGAAGUGGAAGGACAGGAGGAAUCCCUUGUCGUGGCCUGUGGAUACUCGCACAAGCAGAAGUCUUGGGUCUGUGUAGCGACGGCGCAAUCGAGUCCAUCGCUCUGGGCAGCAGCGUUGAAAUGCGAUCUGGAACUCGUUGGAGUGCUAGGACACUAUGCCCAGGCCAAUCACGUAAGCUUCGGGGAAGAUAAUGGCAGAUCCGUAUUUGUGUCACUUUAUGUAGACAGAGACCAGUCUGGCACUACAUCGACGGCAGAUAUCAAACUGAUCGAACCGAAAUAG